CAUGACACAAAUAAGAAGGUCCAUUUGAUUCUUCAUGCCGUUGCGCUUUUCCUGGGAUCGUUCGGGAUAUACGCUGCGUUCAAGUUUCACAAUGAAAGUGGAAUCGCUAAUCUAUACAGCUUACACUCCUGGGUUGGACUUGGCACUAUCAUUUUGUAUGGUUUACAGUGGGUAUCUGGCUUUCUCACCUUCUUCUUUCCCGGCGCUUCGCCGACACUCCGACGUGCCGUGCUCCCAUGGCAUGUUCGUGCUGGGCUCGUGGUCUACGUGCUGGCGCUGCUCGCGGCCGAGCUGGGGUUCCUGGAGAAGCUCGCUUUCCUUCAGACCGCGGGUCUGGGCAAAUACAGCUCGGAAGCCCUGCUGGUAAAUUUUACUGCCCUUGUUGUCUUACUACUGGGCGCAUCCGUCGUGCUGUAUGUCACUGCUCCUGCGCAGAGCGAGCACAGGCUUGGGUAUUCAUCAGUGCGAAGUCCUGACUCCUGACCCGGCUGCUCGAUUUUGUUUCAUCAUUUGUAUAUUUGAAGCACAGGCAAUAACAUUUCAUCUUCUUUUACACUGUUUUCUGCAAUCUAGUUCCGAUUCAGAAUUGCAGAAUGUAAAAUUUUGCCAUCUUGUUUACCAGUAGAUUUUCUUUAGUUGCUGCAAUCUAGUUGAGGUUCAGAACCAUGAAAUGUGAAAUUUUGCCGUCUUGGUGACAAGUAAGAUGAGAAAUCCUUCUUUGA